AGAAAUAACUAAAAUUAUGAUUAAUUGUACCAUUAAAAUUUGAAUCUAAGUUGAUGCCAUGAGUAGCCAGAAAGGAAAUGCAACACGCGUUCGACCACAAAAACAUCAAAACCGAUUUGCGUUUAAAAAUAAUCUCCAUGACACUAACAUACGUACCAAACGUUUGAAUUCUAUACAAAUUCAUAGCGUUUGUCCUCGGUGUAAAGACAUAUUGGAAUGGAAAAUCAAGUACAAAAAAUAUAAGAUGCUUAAAGCACCCAAGAACUGCAACAAAUGUCAUAAUAAGACUGUUAAAGAAGCAUACCAUACAAUGUGCCAUCAGUGCUCAAGCACUUUGGAAUUAUGUCCCAAGUGUGCAGUACCAAGAAUCGAAUGGGCUAAAGAUGAUCAGAAAACAACAUCUGAAAAUGAAGGUGAUAACAAAAAUGAUUUAGAAAACAGUGAUACUGAAAAUGAUGAAUCAGGAAGUGAUACUUGCAGUAAUCCAUCACUUAGUUGACCUGUGUAAAUUCUAUAAUAUUAUACCUAACUCAUUUCCAUUAUUGUUUCAUUAUUUUUAUUGGUCAAAUUAAAACUUACUUUACAAUAAAU